AUGGGCCCAAACCCAGGACAACACAUGGGACAGCCGAUGCAAAUGCAUCCGGGCGUUUCGGGCGCCCCACACGUGAGCCAGCCCGGCGCGAUGAUGGGCAUGCAACCUGGCGCGCAGAUGGGCCAUGGAGGAAUGGGAGGGCAGCAUCCAGGUGGUAUGAUGCAGGCGCAGAUGGGAGGACAGAGCGUACCCGGAGGCAUGCAAAAUGCCCAAGGCAUGAACCAUAUGACACCGCAGCAGCACAUGCAGCAACAGCAGGCCAUAGCUGCACAACUUCAGGCAAACCCUGCGCUAGCGCAACAGCACCAGAUGAUGCGGAUGCGACAGCAGCAGAUGCUCGCGCAACAACAAAACGGCAUGAUGAAUAUGCACGGCGGCAAUAUGCAGUUGACGCCCCAGCAAUUGGCCCAGUUGCAGCACCAGCAACAGGCGCAGCAGAACAUGCAAGGCGGCAACCAGCCCGUCCAGCUACCUGCGCAUCUUGCUCAGCAAAUGGCGUUACGACAACAGCAACUGCAACAGGCGCAGGCUCAACAGCAGCAGCAUCAAAUGGCCCAGCAGAUGGCGAUGCAGCAGGCAAAUUCGCAGCAGAGCAAUCAAGGGCAAUCAGCCCCACAAGGCCAGCAGGGUACUCCACAGCAGAUGCGACCUCAAUCUCGAAUGGCCAAUCCCAACGAGCAAACUCCAAACCAGCAACAACAACAUUCUCAGCAAAGUCAAGGCCAGCAAGGCCAGCAGGCUCAACCACAAGGCCCACAGCAAGGUCAACCGGCUCAACAGGCGAACGCUCAACAAGGCCAACAAGCGCAGGGCAUGUCAUUACAGAGGCAACAGCAACUUGCCAUGCUACAACGCGCUCAACGCCAACAAACGCUAGCUGCACAGAAUCAACCUGGCCAGGGCGGCAUGUUCAUCUUGAGGUUGAUGAACUUCAGCGAUCAUCUGAGUAAUUUUGAUGAAACGACUGGGAAGAACAUCAACCAAUGGCACAAUCUUGUGGAGCGACAUUUUGCACAGGAAGGCCGGCUCAUACAUGGAAUCGACAUCAAUCACCCUUCGUCGGGUGGGCGCCAAAAGCUUUACGAAGUUUUACGCCCAUCAAUAGCGCGGUACUUCAUGACGUACUUCGAGGCCGGCGCGACCUCUAUUCGCCUUCACACCGAGCUUGCUCGUGAGGUUCCUCAUCCGACGGGAAGCCAUCAAGUGACAUGUCAAAACGCCAUCUUCUCCGUCUCCUACCCCAAUGGCAUCCGACUCGAGAUGAUUGGAUCGUUACAGGUCCUGUUCUCUGCCGGCAGCGACCAAAUCGAGUGCCUCCAAUUCCAGACGCUCAACACUGAAGAAGUUCUGACCAGGACCCAGAUCGAAAAGGUCUUCAGCGAAUUCUCAUCGUCCCUACCGACCAAGUCUCCCAAGAUGGCUAAGAACAAACUUCCCAAGGCUCAACAAAAGAUGCAGGAACAGCAAGAACGGUUGACGAUAGACCACUUCCCCAAGGCAUCCAAAGGCACCUACGGCAUCACGUCGAGAGUGCAACAUUUCCUAGAGAUUGGUGAAACGAUGAACGUCAUGUCCGACCUCAUGUGGUACGCGCAGGAAAAGAAGCUUCGACCUGAACAAGCCAUGGAAGCCCUUAUCGCACAGUACGACUCGCAAGCCAACGGCCAGCAGGGAAACCCGCAAAUCAAUCUUCCUCCGAAUGGUGUGCCUCCGGGGCAAAGAACGCCUAGCAUGGGCAACAUGCAGAUGCCGCAGAAUGGACCGGGCGGCAACUUUUCAUCACCGAACGUGUCAAAUCUCAACCUACCGAUGCAACCUAACGGCAUGAACGGAUCGCCGCAUAUGGGCAACAAUCCUGGAAAUCUAGCACCGAACAUGAACAUGCCAAACUCCCACACGCCGUCACCCCAUCAAGGAAACAUGGCCGCACCGCAAAUGAUGCCUCAGCACAGCCAGCAAGGAACCAACAGCAGCGUCGCCAGCGCAAGUACGAGUCCCAACAUCAACAACUCCAACAAGCGAAGACGAAGUACCGUCAAACUCGAAGGCGACGACGGCGGGGGCGCGGAAGGAAACGCCAACACCAACCGAGUGAAACCCAGUCCUCGCAUGAACAAGAAGGCGAAACCCUGA